GGAGCUGGGGCCGUGGCUGGGUUCGGCCAGAGCGGAGGGGGCUGGAGAGGGCAUGGAGCAGAGAGGACGAAAGGGGGCUGUCGUUGGCUCCAGGAGCCCGGCCCCCUGCUCCCGGUGGUCUGCUGAGCACCUACCGCGCGCAUCUGCCUUCACACUCCCGCCCCUUCACCGGCUGUAAGUCCCCCAGGUCCUCCCCUCCCAGCUCUUCCUUCGGUAGAGCGCUCCCUCCUCUGACCUCAGGAAAUCAGCGUGGGCUUCACCGGGUGGUGGGUUCUUCCCAAAUGCUGGACCCGCGCCCGGCGGACCCAGGCUCCGAGGAGGGGAAAGGAAGGGUGGGCGAAGAGGACCUGGGAGAGCCGAGAGCCUGGGUGCGCUGGGCCCUGGCUGCCCCACCAGCGUGUUGCUCUGGUCCCCCGGGGCUUCGACCAGGAUCCCCGACGGCGGGGAAGGGGAGCCACUGAGCCUCCUGCGGCAGAAGGCGGUUCGUGCCAGGCCUAGGUGGGCAGGGCCAGGUCCAAACGAAGGCAAAAGCACCCAGUGGCCAGAAAAUCGCCAAGGGUGCGUCCCACGACCCAUCCCAAGGUCCUGCUGGGUGAGCGAAGGGGGAAUUCCCGCGGGGCCCUGAGGCUCACCCCACUUGUCCUACUGCUCACCCGUCGGGACUUGGGGCCCAGUCCCCAGCCCUCUGACAGUGGCACCGCCCCGGCUCGAUCCGAUCCGGGCUAUGGAGAAACUGAGGAAAGGAACUUGGGCGGCGGGAGCUCGUCUGCUCAGUCUCAGAGCCCGUCUAGUUUCUGGCUGCGCCAGUCCGUUUCCAACCUGCUCCUAAACCCCGUUAGGAAUUCGAAGAGGAGCGUGAAGGGGACUGGGUAGGUCGGGAACCGGACUCCUGGGUUCGCCCUAGGGCAGGGCUGGGCUGGUACCCGCCUACAGCCCCGCCUGCCAGGCGAACUCGGCGCCCCCCACCCGCGGGGCUUGGGGUGGCGACCCAGCUUGGGGCAGUGGGGAUGGGGACCUGGGAGCCGGGACCCCCUCAGAGGGUAGCAGCGAGGCGGGGGGCGCGGAGUGCGUGGUGCCCAGUUUGGCCGCCAGGAGGCGUGGCGCGGGUCCCCGCGCCCGGAGUUGCCGCCGCUGCUGCCGCCGCAUCGCGAGUGUCCUUGAGCCGCGGGUGACGGUGGCCCUCGCCGCUCGCGCACCCUCCUCCCGCGGGGGGAGCCCGAUGCCACGUUCCCUAUGAAUUAUUUAUCGCUGGCCUAAAAAUACCCAGAACUUCACAGCCCGAGUGACCCUCCAGUGGACAUGGGUGGGGCCCUGGGGCCGGUCCUGCUACUCACCUUACUCCUCGGUGCCUGGGCAGGGCUGGGCCCGGGGCAGGGCGAGCAGGCUGUGACGGUGGCCGUGGUGUUUGGAAGCUCGGGGACACCGGAGGCCCAGGCCCGUAUCCGCCUCACCCCCCAGAGCUUCCUGGACCUGCCCCUGGAGAUCCAGCCACUCACCGUGGGUGUCAACAACACCAACCCCAGCAGUCUUCUCACCCAGAUCUGCGGGCUCCUGGGCACUGCCCGAGUCCACGGCAUCGUCUUUGAGGACAACGUGGACACCGAGGCCGUGGCCCAGAUCCUCGACUUCAUCUCCUUCCAGACCCACGUGCCUAUCCUCAGCAUGAGUGGGGGCUCCGCUGUGGUCCUCACCCCCAAGGAGCCGGGCUCCGCCUUCCUGCAGCUGGGCGUGUCCCUGGAGCAGCAGCUGCAGGUGCUGUUCAAGGUGCUGGAGGAGUACGACUGGAGCGCGUUCGCCGUGAUCACCAGCCUGCACCCGGGCCACACGCUCUUCCUCAAGAGCGUGCGCGCCGUCGCCGACGCCAACUACGUGGGCUGGCGGCUGCUGGACGUGCUCACGCUGGAGCUGGGCCCCGGAGGGACGCGCGCCCACACCCAGCGCCUGCUGCGCCAGAUCGACGCCCCGGUGCUGGUGGCCUACUGCUCGCGCGAGGAGGCCGAGGUGCUCUUUGCCGAGGCGGCCCAGGCCGGCCUGGUGGGGCCCGGGCAUGUGUGGCUGGUGCCCAACCUGGCGCUGGGCAGCACCGACGCGCCCCCCGCCUCCUUCCCCGUGGGCCUCAUCAGCGUCGUCACCGAGAGCUGGCGCCUCAGUCUGCGCCAGAAAGUCCGCGACGGCGUGGCCAUCCUGGCCCUCGGCGCCCACGGCUACCGGCGCCAGCACGGCACCCUGCCCGCCCCGGCUGGGGAGUGCCGCGGCCACCCUGGGCCUGUCAGCCCUGCCCGGAAGGCCUUCUACAGGCACCUACUGAAUGUCACCUGGGAGGGCCGGGACUUCUCCUUCAGCCCUGGUGGGUACCUGGUCCAGCCCACCAUGGUGGUGAUCGCCCUCAACCGGCACCGCCUCUGGGAGAUGGUGGGGCGCUGGGACCAUGGUGUCCUCCACAUGAAGUACCCGGUGUGGCCUCGCUACAGUGCUUCCCUGCAGCCCGUGGUGGACAGCCGGCACCUGACGGUGGCCACGCUGGAAGAGCGACCCUUUGUCAUCGUGGAGAGCCCCGACCCUGGCACAGGCGGCUGCGUGCCCAACACUGUGCCCUGCCGCCGGCAUGGCAACCACACCUUCAGCAGUGGUGACACGGCCCCCUACACCAAGCUUUGCUGUAAGGGCUUCUGCAUCGACAUCCUCAAGAAGCUGGCCAAGGUGGUCAAGUUCUCCUACGACCUGUACCUGGUGACCAACGGCAAGCAUGGCAAGAGGGUGCGCGGCGUGUGGAACGGCAUGAUCGGCGAGGUGUACUACAAGCGGGCAGACAUGGCCAUUGGCUCCCUCACCAUCAAUGAGGAGCGCUCCGAGAUCGUGGACUUCUCUGUGCCCUUCGUGGAGACGGGCAUCAGUGUGAUGGUGGCUCGCAGCAACGGCACCGUCUCCCCCUCGGCCUUCCUGGAGCCCUACAGCCCUGCCGUGUGGGUAAUGAUGUUUGUCAUGUGCCUCACCGUGGUGGCCAUAACCGUCUUCAUGUUCGAGUACUUCAGCCCCGUCAGCUACAACCAGAACCUCACCAGCGGCAAGAAGUCUGGGGGCCCGUCCUUCACCAUCGGCAAGUCUGUGUGGCUUCUCUGGGCACUGGUCUUCAACAACUCGGUGCCCAUCGAGAACCCCCGGGGCACCACCAGCAAGAUCAUGGUCCUGGUCUGGGCUUUCUUCGCCGUCAUCUUCCUCGCCAGCUACACCGCCAACCUGGCCGCCUUCAUGAUUCAGGAGCAGUACAUCGACACUGUGUCUGGCCUCAGUGACAAGAAGUUCCAGCGGCCUCAGGAUCAGUACCCGCCCUUCCGCUUCGGCACCGUGCCCAACGGCAGCACGGAGCGGAACAUUCGCAGCAACUACCGUGACAUGCACACCCACAUGGUCAAGUUCAACCAGCGCUCAGUGGAGGACGCGCUUAGCAGCCUCAAGAUGGGGAAGCUGGAUGCCUUCAUCUAUGACGCUGCUGUCCUCAACUACAUGGCGGGCAAGGACGAGGGCUGCAAGCUGGUCACCAUUGGCUCUGGCAAGGUCUUUGCCACCACUGGCUAUGGCAUCGCCAUGCAGAAGGACUCCCACUGGAAGCGGGCCAUAGACCUGGCGCUCCUGCAGUUCCUGGGGGACGGGGAGACCCAGAAGCUGGAGACGGUGUGGCUCUCGGGGAUCUGCCAGAACGAGAAGAACGAGGUGAUGAGCAGCAAGCUAGACAUCGAUAACAUGGCCGGCGUCUUCUACAUGCUGCUCGUGGCCAUGGGGCUGGCCCUGCUGGUCUUCGCCUGGGAGCAUCUGGUCUACCGGAAGCUGCGCCACUCGGUGCCCAACGCGUCCCGGCUGGACUUCCUGCUGGCCUUCAGCAGGGGCAUCUACAGCUGCUUUAGCGGGGUGCAGAGCCUGGCCAGCCCCGCGCGGCCGCCCAGCCCGGACCUCACCGCCGGCUCGGCCCAGGUCAGCGUGCUCAAGAUGCUGCAGGCGGCGCGCGACAUCGUGACCACGGCGGGCGUGAGCAGCUCCCUGGACCGCGCCACGCGCACCAUCGAGAGCUGGGGAGGCGGCCGCCGUGCGCCCCCGCCGCCCGCCUGCCCCAGUCCGCGGCCGCCCACCCCCGGCCCGACCCCCAAGCCGAGCCCCACGGGCUGCGGGCCGCCGGGCGGGGGCCGCACCGCGCUGGGGCGUAGGGCCCCGCAGCCCCCGGGCCGCCCCCCGACGCCCGGGUCCUCCCUACCCGACGUCUCCCAGGUGUCCGGCCGGCCGGCCUGGGAGGCGCGGUGGCCGUCGCUGACCGGGCGCGGCGGGCGGCACCUCUCCGCCUCCGAGCGGCGCGCGCUCCCGGAGCGCCCUCAGUCGCCCGAGCGCUGUCACUACAGCUCCUUCCCUCGAGCCGACCGGUCAGGGUGCCCCUUCCUUCCGCUCUUCCCGGAGACCCCCGAGCCCGAGAACCUGCCGCUGCUCGGGCCGGAGCAGCUGGCCGGGCGGGAGGCUCUCCUGCGCGCGGCCUGGGCCCGAGGUUCGCGCCCGCGCCACGCUUCCCUGCCCAGCUCGGUGACCGAGGCCUUCGCCCGGCCCAGCUCGGAGCCCUCCCGGUGUGCCCGCCCGGCCUGCGGGCGCUGGACGCAGGCGCAGUCGAUGCGGCUGCCGUCCUACCGGGAGGCCUGCCAGGAGCGGGUGUGGGCAGGGCCCCCCCCCUGGCCGCAUGGACAGCACGCCUACCUCCACGCCCAUGCCCACCUGCCGCUUUGCUGGGGGGCUGUCUGCCCUCACCUCCCACCCUGUGUCAGCCACGGCCCCUGGCUUCCUGGGGCUUGGGGGCCUCCGGGGCACAGGGGCAGGACUCUGGGGCUGAGCACAGAAUACAGGGACACUGGGGGGCUGGAAGAGGUCAGUAGGGUGGCCUGUGGGAUGCACGGCUUCCCCCGACCGUGCACCUGGAGGCGGAUCUCCAGCUUGGAAUCGGAAGUGUGACGUGUCAGCUAUUCUGCUCAGCUGGACUCUCUACCUGGCACUGCCAGCGUUGGGGGGUAGGUGGGCUCGGGCUUUUCUGGCUUCUGCCAUGAAAUCCUGGCCAUGGGAACCCAGUGACAGAUGAUGUCUUCCAUGGUCAGCUCAGCGACCUCAGCAGCCUCAGGUCCUGGUGUGGGCUGGGCUUUUGCUAUCUUCUUAUGCAAAUCCCUUCCCACCUGGCCUGGAGUCACAGGGAGCAGUGGGGUCUCCUUGCCCUGCUGUGAGCCAGUCCCUGGUCGUGGCUUCUGGGGGCUUGGUGUGGGAGCAUGGAGGCUGGAGCUCGGUGUUGGGGCAGGGUGGUCCUGCUCCUGGCUCCAGCUGGCUGGAGUUUCUUCUCCUCAGAGUGCUGGGACAUUAAACAAACCUUUUACAACCCA